CCCAUUGCCAUCCUAGGAGAACAUUAAGGUGUCAACGCGUCCGUAGUCGCUGGCGAGUGACCGUUUAGUUUAGCAGAGGUUUAAGUUUCAGUCAGCAGCGGGAACAAAUCAUAAAUGGGAACCCGAUCGGAGAAGGAUAAGGAUCUGGAACGCCUGAUUCCGGUGGUCGUUGGCGGUGGCUUAGAGAGCGGGGCUUGUUCCAAAUCAUCUUCUCCUUCCGAUUCCCCGCCAUCCUCGUACUCCUCUGGGAAAGAGGCGUUUGGCAAAGUGAUUCGUAGUUGGGCUUGGAAAAAGUUUAUUACUGGAUGUGUCAUCUUAUUUCCCAUAGCCAUAACCUUCUACAUAACAUGGUGGUUCAUUUAUUUUGUUGAUGGCUUCUUUUCUCCAAUCUAUAGUCACCUUGGAGUCAAUGUAUUUGGUCUUGGAUUUGUUACCUCUAUAACUUUCAUCUUUUUGGUUGGAGUGUUCAUCUCGUCAUGGGUAGGUGCUUCUCUACUUGGUUUAGGAGAGUGGUUCAUAAAAAAGAUGCCCCUCAUAAGUUAUGUGUAUUCUGCUUCCAAACAAAUCAGUGCAGCAAUUUCACCAGAUCAGAACUCUCACGCUUUCAAAGAAGUUGCGUUAAUAAAGCAUCCCCGCCAUGGAGAGUAUGCACUAGGCUUCAUCACUUCAUCUCUGGUUCUCCAGAAGAGUUCGGGUCCCGAGGAACUCUGUUGCGUCUACCUCCCAACUAACCACCUCUACCUUGGCGAUAUCUACUUGGUCAAUUCCAAAGACAUCAUGAGGCCAAACCUUUCAGUACGAGAAGCAAUAGAAAUUGUCAUCUCCGGUGGCUUGUCUAUACCCAAGGUACUGAAUGUGGUGGAUGCACAUUCGAUUCUAUCUCCAAGACUUGGGAAAUUUGCAAUUCCACGAGUUUGAUUUCUUGUGGGAAAAGAUACUCCUAAAACUGCAUGUAUCUCUCUUUUCUCAUGAGCAGCAGCUAUUCACGGACCAUUGAUUGAUGCUAGCGUCCUUGAGUUCUUUGAUCAUACACUGUCACAAACCAAUAAUACAAUGGCUGCGUUUGUUCUUUGGCGGACGGGCAAAAACGCCAUCCCGACACGCUGCUUUUUGUAGUGUUUUAGGCUCAACAGAUUUUGGCAUUUUGGUUUGAAACACUGAAGACAAACAUAGCCAAUUUCUCUAGACACAGUUGUUCUUUGUCUUUGCAUUUAGUAUCUAGUUUUUUGCUAGGCAGUUUUGGUCAUAGUCUUUCAUAGAGUCCUGUUGGGUUGGUUUGGAAUUUGGAGCAUCACUGGUGGUGGUGGCGGAGGUCCGGAGGAGACCGGCUGCGGCAGGUUGGUGGAGGAAGCAUUUUGGAAAUUUUGGCGGAUUCCAACAGCAGGAGCGGCUGAUCGGCUGGCGGCAGCUCGGGUAGCAACUCCUCCGGAGGUAUUCUUGUCCAAGUUAUAAAAAAACCUAAUUUGGAAAAUUCAGAAAUCUACUUCUACUUUUGCACUUUCUCCAUGUUUUAUUCCUAUUUGAGGAAUCGUCUUUAUAUACUACUAGUAGAGUAUUAGGCUUCACUAGGUGGAUGCUUUCCUUUAUGUUUCCUUCAUAUUGUGACUAAAUGAGUUUUAUCAAAAACAGUGCCCAAUCAACCUCAACUGUCAAAUUUUGUGGGAAUAUACCUCAUUUGGGUAACCCCACUUUUUAGCUUAUCAACCUUAUAAGUUAAUUUUUUAUUAAAC